AUGUCCGUCGCAACCUCAAUUCCCGAUACCUCCCUUGGUCUCACGUCUUCCGAAAUCCAGAUCCUUCGCCAACAGCAGCAAAUCGCGCUUCAGGGAGGAGGCCAUGCUGGCAGCGUCUCCAGAGGCCGAGGCUCUGGGCGCAACAGCAGUUCUAGCUCCCGAGCUGCAAGCGCCGCCAGCAGUCAGGGUCGCCUCUUGCUAGAUCCCAUGAGCUUAAGAGCGCUCUCACACCAGCUUGAAUAUCUUCAGGAUCAGAUUCGUCACCGCAUUGAUCAUUUGGAAGAUCAAAUGCAAAUGUCCAUACAAAACAGUCAUGACCGAGCCGGCAAUGUUAUUCGUAAUGCGGAUGCUGAAAUCGCACGCACGCGUGCCAUUCUCGCCUCUUUAGAUGAACUAGAGAAUGAACUCGCCAAGAUCGGUCACAUCAGAGAUAUCGUGAAGUCUUUCCGUGCUCGGAUCGAAAGCCUUGAUCACCGCCUUGACCAUUCUUCUCGCCGCCGAUGA